AUGUGCGGUCUCACCUUGGCUAUUCGCCCCUCUGAGACGGCCCAGUCCGGCUCUCUUCGUUCAAUCGAAGGAGUACUAUCAUCAACUAUCAAAUGCCGAGGUCCAGACUGUCAAGGAUCAUUCUCGAACACUUUCGCUACCUCGACUGAAGUCAAAGUGGAGGUAUCUCUCCAUGCGAGCGUGCUGGGUCUGCGAGGGGACCUCACAUCGCAGCCUCGGAAAGGUAAAAGGGGCGUCCUGGGAUGGAAUGGGCAGGUGUUCGAGGGUUUAGAUGUGAAGGAAGGGGAGAACGAUACACAGAAGAUAUUCGAGCAAUUGGAAGAUGGGGCUUCUUUUGAUGAGAUCCUGCAGAAUGUAGAGGGACCAUUUGCGUGUAUUUAUAUCGAUCUCGAAAUGUCAGUCAUUCAUUACCAGCUGGACCCUCUAUCCCGCCGCUCUCUCCUCGCCUAUCCUGCAAGCUCUGAUGCCAAAACGGACAUGUUUAUCUUGAGCUCAUGCUUUUGCGGGGAAGCUCGAGCUAAGGGCAUAGAUAUGAGGGCUCUUCUUGGUGGAGAGGGGGGGCGUAUAGAUCUGGGAAAAAUACAGUUAUGCGAGGACGGACAACUUGACUUCUCCAAAGCUCUCACAUUGCGGACCGAUUUCGACCUCCCCGAAAGCUCGUCGACACCUUGGACUCGUGUCACUCCUAUCAACCCGACCCUUCCCCAUCUCGAAGGUGAAGGCUCCUGCGAACCCUCCAUCGACGCUUUCAUCGACCACCUCCGUACUAGCGUACGACAUAGGGUCGAAAACAUCCCUAAUCUACAGCCAGAUCAAUCCAAAGUUGCUGUCCUCUUUUCGGGUGGGAUUGACUGCACAUUCCUGGCAUACCUGAUACACCAAUGCCUGCCGGUAGACAAGUCGGUCGACCUCAUCAACGUCUCCUUCGCACCUGCUCCUUCUCGAGUCGAUACGGGAAAAGGCAAGAACAAAGCCCCUCCCCAGCCGGUGGAUGCCUACAAGGUGCCGGACAGGAUAUCGGGGCUGGAGGCAUGGGAGGAGCUGCGACAGGUCUGUCCUGGGAGAGAUUGGAGAUUCGUGGAAGUCAACGUGCCAUAUGAUGAGGCGAGAGAGCAUCGAGAUAGAAUCGUGGAGUUGAUGUACCCGUCGAUCACAGAGAUGGACCUAUCCUUGGCGUAUCCACUAUACUUCGCCUCUCUCGGUCAUGGGUCUCUUCGACAUGCUGAUGGCACGACAACCCCAUAUCAUGUGACUGCCAAGGUCUACAUAUCAGGACUGGGUGCCGACGAGCAGCUCGGCGGCUACUCCAGACAUCGGCACGCUUUCAACACCAAUAGCUGGCAGGGCCUCAUCGACGAAGUAAGCCACACUCUACCCCUGAUAGACAUCAUAAAGCUCACGGACCAAACGACACAAAUGGACAUACACCGCCUGCCCACCCGAAAUCUCUCCCGCGACGACCGCCUCAUCUCCUCCCAUGCGCGGGACGCUCGAUACCCAUUCCUCUCUCUAUCCUUCAUCUCUCACCUCUCCUCCGUCCCAAUACAUAUCAAAUGCGAUCCACGUCUACCGCCAGGAGAAGGCGAUAAGAGGCUGUUACGGUUGGCGGCCAAGAAGGUGGGGCUGGAUAAGACGAGCGGGAGGGUAAAGCGGGCGAUGCAGUUUGGGACGCGUAGUAGUAAGGUUGGAGGAAGUGGGAGAGGAGUCAAGGGACCAAAGGCAGGAGAGAGGGAAGUGAGCUAG